UGUCCUAUGUACCCCAUCAUAAACUUUUUUUUUUAAAUUUCCCAUCUGGUGUCUGAAACCCGCAUUGAAGCCUGACUGAUCCGAAUUCACGUCGGGUAGGACUCCUACCAAGGAUUCUCCCAUACCCAGGGCUCGAAUCUGAGACGUCUAGGGUUAAGAGAGGAGCAGCCUCAUUCACUGCACCACAUAUGGUACCCACCAUAAAUCUUUAUCAAUAGUUCUCCAAUUACUUUUGACAAAGGGCAUCUUCAUCUUCACAACCCAUUGACACUUCGUUUCUUUUCAUUUAAAGCUUCAAUAUUCCACCAAUAUCACCUUAAUAUUCUCCUCUUUGAUCAUUUCUUCUUCCUAUUCCCAUUCAACUUCAAGAACCACAAAGCAAAACAAACAUGUUUACACUAUUAACCAUUCUUUUCUUAGCAUUUCUCUUCAUUAUUGGCCUUAUUACAACAUUUUUCAAUUUCCCAACUAACAAGUUCCAAUCUUUGAUUCAAAAAAUUUCACUAAUAUCUCCAUCUCUCCAAGAAAAGACCAUAAUAACACCCUCACCUUCAAUAACCAUGGUUGAUAAGAAGGUGAUGAAUAGGUCUAACAACUACAACAAGGUUGAACUAAGGAGUAUUUUUGCAACUUUUGACAAGAACAAUGAUGGUUACAUAACAAAACAAGAAUUGAAGUUAUCUCUCAAGAACAUUGGAAUUUUCAUGGAGGACAAAGAUAUUGUUGAAAUGGUUGAGAAAGUUGAUUCAAAUAAAGAUGGUUUAAUUGAUCUUGAUGAGUUUUGUGAUCUUUGUCAUACAUACUUGGGAAUAGAGGAAGUGAGUAAUGAAAGUGAAAUGAAUGAAGAAGAAGUAGCUAAUAGAGAGAAAGAUCUUAAGGAUGCUUUUGAUGUUUUUGAUCAUGAUAAAGAUGGAUUAAUAUCAAAAGAAGAGUUGAGUAAGAUACUAUCAACUUUAGGUAUGAAAGAGGGGAAAAAAUUGGAUUAUUGUAAAGAGAUGAUAAAGAAAGUUGAUGUUGAUGGAGAUGGAAUGGUGAAUUUUGAUGAGUUCAAGAAGAUGAUGAAAGCUUGUGGAACUCUUAUUCCAUUUUCUUAAAGAAUUGAAGUGUUUUGUAAUCUCUCUCUUGUUUUUUUUUUUUUUAAUGAUCGAGAAAUCUCUCUAUCCUUCUCUACUUAAAUACUGAACUUAAGUCGCUUGAUGCA